AUUCAAAAGAAAACGACUCCUCGAAACUGUUAUAGAAACAUAGUGAUAGUUCUAGUUGUAAGUAGUCUAAGAGUGAGUUAAGAAGGAGCCUCCAAGAGGUCACAUCAAACAUACAAGAUGGUGGAGCAUUCCUUGUGGCAUCCUAUCCGGCAUCCAAUUUCGGAUAUUCGACGGGUCAUGCCCAAAACCAGCCCUGAUGUCUGGCGUGAACAUCCCCAGUUCUCUGAAGGAAAACGAAUGCGAAACUAUUUUUGGUACUAUUUCGUAAGGUGCUACUCCUACUUGAUGGUAAGGUGUUACUACAACUUCUUAGUGUACUAUCGGGUAAGAUAGUGAAGCGCUCAGUUGUCCCUGAAGUGCCUCGCGGAGCACUCAGCGAGGCACUUAGCGAGGCACCGAAGCGCCAAGUCCCUUAACUGCCUCGCGAGACACUGAACGAGGCAGUUAAGCGACGGGUCCCUCAUGUGCCCCGCGAGGCACUUUUUAGCGAGGCAGCUAAACGACGGGUCCCUUACGUGCCUCGAGGCACUUAAAGAGGCACUUAACGUGGCAUUUAAGCGACGAGUCUCUUAAGUGCUCCGCGAGGCACUCACCGAAGCUGUUCAUAUUUGAAAAGAAGAGGGCAAAGAGACCAGCUUGAUUAUCUUACUCAACCCGUCCUCACAACGACAGUUCCGGUUUCGCCUUAUUCGUUUUAACGCAGUGCCUUUUCCUGUUCCUGCAAGACUAUUUUUUGUUGCUGCUCUUGGCGGAAGUAUCCCUCGUUUGCUGUUAUCUGUACUACCUGGAAUUCCACACCAAAGAUGACGAAGACGUGUGUCCUUUGGGGUGUGUGACGGUGUUUGCGCUCUUUACCGCGGUUCUCGUGGCUGCGUUCACCUACAACGACCACUUCGUCUACUACGAUUACUAUUAUGGCAAAUGGGCGUAGUUCUGCUGUGGAUCAUGAUGAUCUUUUAUUUAACGAUAUGACUAUUGUGUUUGCUCCUGUAGUAGCAGAUAAACGACACCCACUCCACAUUGAUAUACAACCGGCUAGACGUGAGAACGACUUCCUCUCUUACCUGAAUGGUUCUGGUAUUUUUGGUAUAGCCUGAAUUUGAUGAUCAGAAGGGGGAAAACAAGAAGAGAACCCUUAUGAUCAAAUUCAGGCUAUACCAAAAAUACCAGAUGAGCCAUACAUUACCUAGUAUCGAAAAAAUCACACUUAUAAUAGCAUCCUCUCCACUUACCUAUUGAAAAUGACACUGAAUAUAAUAAGUAGCACGACCACGACCUUUCAUACAAGCCUCAAAGGGAAUUCCGUCACAAAUGCGACUGCUGCAGGAGGUGCGGGUUUACUGCGUGCAGGCGCCCAUCUUUCUUUCGAUACGGCUGUCGUUGAUGUGGAGCGCGUGACUUCCUUCAGUGACGGUUCCUCACCGGCUUACUGCGUUGCGCCUAUUGUAGAACCGGGGGUUCAAGAUGGAGGAGGGAGGCCAUUUGUCCUCCUGUCGCCUGACCAGCAACAACAACAACAAGACCAUUCUUUUCUCGAACAAGAAGACAGAAAGUCUUUCCUCAAGGAAAACAACGGAGCAAACUAUCUGCAAGUCGAUAAACAACCGUUUCCGCACCAGAUAGCAAUUAAAUACUACGCUGUCGGCAGAGGGUGCUGCCGUGAUGGAAACGCAACGGCGAAAGUCAAGUCAUCCUUUAUUAAGGCUACAACUUGGAGCUCCACCGUCUAUUAUGACUAGUAUCCUAUUUCUUGUGACUGAGAAAUUCCACAUGUUCUUCUGCUCUCCUCGGUAGUUCUAGCUGACCUUACCUAGGUCACCCAUCACUCUCGGAGGCGAACAUGCGCCUGUGGGGCUCGUUGAGAAGGAUCCACAAGCUAACCUAACCUCAACCUUUUUAGCCCAUCUCUAACCCUCCUUGCGCACAAGGUUAUGUGGGCGACUCAAAGACGAAGAGCAAAACAUCAGAGCAGGGCCAAUUAGUACCGGUGCGAAGACCCAUGAACGGCGUCAGCGGUCACGGCAUGGUGGAGCCGGUUUUCUUCCAUUGGAAUCGGAUUGAUGUGAUGGUUAUGAGAUCAGUUCAAGUAACUUGGAAAUCUUCAUUUGAGGACGAGAACUGUAGACUCAAAUUUUUUACUAGGAUUAUAUAUGGUCUUGACUGCAUGAUACUGAUACAAUAGUUGACAAUUCACCCCUUAGCAAGCUCCCCUUCCCCGCACGGUCUUCAUACCAAAGAACAAGCUUCCGCUGCCAGAUGGAUAUAACAGCACGCAACCGAAAACUCGAUUACGCAAAACGACGAGCUUUUUGCGAGAGACGUUCUCAACGAGCAAGUCAGGAGGAGAGCUUUCCCUCUUUCAGAGUGGAGAGUCUCCUUCACUCUUGCAGAGUGGAGAACUGUCCGAUUCUGAUCUGCUUGAAGAGAGGACGUCUUCUAGACUGACAGGACGUCGCUCUGCCCUCGAAUCGUUGGGACGAGUCGAAUCACUGGAGUGUGGCACCGGCACAGGCACGUCCUCGAGUGCCAUCAACAAGUUCCUCUGUGUGGUGACUGAUAGAAAUUCGAUUUUCUAUCCGAUUGCAGCUCUGUUCUUGUCGAAGACGGGUUUGCGAGGCUAUUAUCCUACUAGGAAUGCAGAACGCCAAAAAUGGGAGAGAGCUAGGAGAAUGGCAGAAACAAAGUGGAAUUUGACCACGGCGGACGUGGAUGAGAUGGUAGCAGUGAGUUCUAGUAGAAGUACAUCUUCUGUUUUAUAAGGUUAGGGUUUAGGUCCAGCGGCGCUCAAAGCACAUAAGUAAAGCAGCCGGUUAGCUUUCCCUCUAUCCCUUCAGGCAAAUGAUGUUAUCGUCAGCUUUUUUUCAUCAUUCUCGGCAUCUUAGUCCCCUUUUCCCUUGUAUUCUCAUUAGAUCCAAGGUAAAAAGGGCCAAGAUGAGGGGACCGAGAUGGAUUAAAACUGACUCUAAUCAUGAUUUGAGAAUCCAUGACUUCCAGUUCGGGAGCUAUAUGCUAAUUCGAGUCUGUAUAUACUAAGUAAUUCUUUUCUCUCGUUCUCUGUAUAUACUAUAAUUCUUUUCUCUCUCAGUCUGUAUAUACUAAUUUUUCUCUCCCUCUCGGUCAUUCUUUUUCUUCCUCCAGGUCGUCUACGUUCACUGGGUCGAUGACCCCAUGUUCUGGGCCUAUACGCAUCUAGCCUACUCCGUCGUCUACCUGCUUGCGGCCUCCUGUAUCGUUUUUCCACCGUUUAUGCUUCUCUUGGCCUGGCAACUUGCGAAACUGGCGACACAAGACGCUUUUGAAGAACGUGCGGAGGAAAUGGCACAGGGUGAAGCGGCUUUCUCGGACGAUGAUGAUGAUGAUCUGUCCGGAGGUACGGAGUACUCGGGGAAAGAUAGCGGCUCGGAUAGACGAAGUAAGAACUUCUGGGAAGAUGACAGCUGGGAAGACGACUAUGACGCUCUCAGUGGGAGAACGCAGUGAGAAGUUUGUUGGUGGGAGAAGGCAGUAGUAGUUCAGUGCUGGCUGCGGAAGUACUAUUCAGAUGCUGUAGUAGCGCUCCAAUACGGAAGAUCUCAGUGACGCACUUUCGGCUGGGCGACAGCGCGCUGGCACAGCGAUUCCCCGCAAGUGUUCUGCGACGUGAGCAGAUACGGCAUAAUUCCGAAGAGGAUCAGUGAAGAUCGACGCGCUUGGGUCCCACGCGGCCUGCAGCACUUCCAACAAGCGGAGGAAUGCCUGGCGCGGGCGAGUCGUGCUCAUGGUCGGCUGAUCGAGUUGCGCGUAUCACCCGUGGCGAGAAGAUCCGGGCGACGGUUUCCACAAGCGCACUCCACCACUCUCAUUUGUUGCUGAUGUUUUGUUUCACAAUGUAUAAUCCUACUUUCAUCUUGAGCAGGCAUAGUCAUGUUUGCCCCUUGCUGGAGCAGUAUCAGAAUCCAAGAAACACUAUUAGGGACGUUUUGUAUAGAAAUAUAACGACGAGCAUUUGGAAACUUGACGUUGUACAGGACGCAUGUUUUGCUGAAGGGAAUGAACUGCAAUUUUUCAAACGCAAUUUUGGAAUCACUGUGAUAAAAUGACACUUGAUGAUUUUCUACGCUAAUGGCGUGCACUUCUACUUCAAG